AUGGAGAUGAGGAUGUCCUCUUGUUUGCCAGUCUCCCCAUCCCCAGGUCGCAACACCUGUGGUUCAUCAGUUAGUUCCAAGAAGACGACCUUUGACACCUCAGCUCUCUCCGAAGCGGCGACCUCUAAACCUGAUCCCACCCAAUCUGCCAUAGCGGAGCCCAGCAGCACUGCUCGGACCACAAGCCUUCCAGAAAAAAGGGGCAUCCUAACUCUGGACUUACGAAACCCUCAGCCCCCGGGCCCAGCCCCUCCUCUGACCCCUCCUCUUCCUCCUCUAGACAGCCCCGACCUUUCACCUCUGCCACCUCCCUUCCUGUCUCCACCUCUGCUCUCAUCCAAACCUUUUUCUACCUCCCGUCCCUCAACACUGCCCCUAAAGACCCUGCCACGGCUCUCCAUCAGGGAGAACGGUGGCCCCCCGCCGGCGAUGAAUGAAGAGGAGGAUGAGAGGAAGAUGCUGGAGGACGAUCUGAAGAGAUGCAUUGAUGACUUCAAGAAGAUCCGCUUGCCCAGACAGUUUCCAGAUCGCAAGAGGCACUGGCAGAGUGACUUGCUCAAGAAGUACAACGCAUAG